AUGCCUCCCAAAUUCAUGUACACUGCAAGGUUGCGGGAUCUUUGCUAUCCCCGGUGCUCAGGACGUCAAGUAGCCGCAAUUAGAUCGUCUGUCUCGUCGCAACGUACAAUAUGCACAACGUCUUUUGCGCCCUAUCAGGAUUCCACUCCCAGCUCGGUGUUUCUCGUUCCCGCGCCCCUCGCAAACGGUCGCUAUGGUCAACGUCACCCGCGAAAUGUUUCUGUAUUCCCCAGUCCUUAUUUACCGACUCGCCGGGCUUCUUCGCGAUUAUCCCGAGUGAUUAUGCCCCGUCCCGGGACCACUGCUGAGACAUACGUGGCGUAUGGAAUGACACAAAAACUUUUCGAGGCCUGCUCUAGUCAAGCAGAUUACAGUAUACCUCAGGCAUCUCAAAAGGGCGCCCAAGUCCCUAAAACUGAAGCCGGCGAAGAUCUCGGAGUUGGGAAAGGAUGGUGGUAUGAAGACCUAGGCCUCAUACCAACCUUCUCAACUUGGUCUCAAAUUACUUUUUUGCACAUGUACCUUCUAACUGUCCGCUUGCGAGUCUUACCGUCGUACGAGAGCUUUCAGACUUAUUCCCGACAUCUGAUUGACCACUUCUCGCAUAAUGCUGAGCACCGCAUGGAUGUCCUACAUGGGUUCACUAGUCGUACAAUCCGGAACAAGUUUCUCAAAGACCUCUUCAUCCAGUGGAGAGGUGUUCUUGCGGCCUAUGAUGAGGGCCUUGUUAAAGGAGACGCCGUGCUAGGUGCCGCUAUCUGGAGAAAUUUAUGGAAAGCAAACCAUACCGGACCAGAUGGGAAGGAGCUGGAUUGGACGAAAAUAGCUCUGGUCGUUGCAUAUAUGCGGCGAGUAACUUCGGAGCUUUCUCAGGUAAGCGAGGCGGAUCUCGUCUUUCAACUAUGCCAGCGAACUGGCGAUAAACCCAGUGUUUUCGGAUACUCUGAACUCGAUAAAAAACUAGUCCAAGGCAAGCGAUAA